AUGAUGCCUCAAUUACGAGUAGAUUUAAAUAAUUAAGAGAGCUUUAGUAGUCUUCGCAGCAGAAGAGCUUUUCAUAAUUGGUAUGAUCGUGAAGAUAUGGAAGAUGGCGAGUUUUGUCGAGCAUUAUACGACAUAGAAUGUUUAGAAAAAGAUUACAAUGAAGUAAUAUCCUAAAAUAAUCAAUAAAUUCUGAAUGAAAAGAAUGAUGAGUUGUGA